AGAUUAGAAACAUUGGUAGGUUUCUAAUCGGUCGGCUCAUUGAUCUGCUCCAGAAGAAGUGGAAGACGAAGCUGAAGUAGGACGCGAAGUAGAAGAGAGAGAGAGAGAGAGAGUGUGAGAGAGAGGAGGGGAAAAGAUGGAGGUGGGAUUCUUGGGUCUGGGCAUCAUGGGGAAAGCCAUGGCAGUCAAUCUUCUCCGCCACGGAUUCGGUGUGACCGUCUGGAAUCGGACCCUCUCCAAGUGUCAAGAGCUAGUGGAGCAAGGUGCAUCUGUUGGAGAAACACCUGCAGCUGUUAUCAAUAAGUGCAAGUACACCAUAGCUAUGCUAUCUGAUCCAAGUGCAGCCCUCUCGGUAGUUUUUGACAAAGAUGGAGUGCUUGAGCAAAUCUGCAGUGGAAAAGGCUACGUAGAUAUGUCAACGGUUGAUGCAGAAACUUCAUCUAAGAUCAGUGAGGCAAUUACAAAGAAGGGCGGGCACUUUCUUGAAGCUCCAGUCUCUGGCAGCAAAAAGCCGGCUGAAGAUGGCCAGUUGGUAAUCCUAGCAGCUGGAGAGAAGGCAUUGUACGACGAAAUGGUUCCUGCAUUUGAUGUACUGGGGAAAAAAUCAUUCUUUCUAGGGGAGGUUGGAAAUGGAGCCAAAUUCAAACUUGUGGUGAACAUGAUCAUGGGCAGCAUGAUGAAUGCGUUAUCGGAAGGACUCUGCUUGGCUGACAGAAGUGGGCUGAGCCAGCAAACGCUUCUAGACGUUUUGGAUCUGGGCGCAAUUGCUAAUCCCAUGUUCAAGCUCAAAGGCCCUGCGAUGAUCAAAGGCAGCUACCCACCUGCAUUCCCCCUCAAGCAUCAGCAGAAAGAUAUGAGGUUGGCUCUCGCCCUUGGUGAUGAAAAUGCUGUCUCGAUGCCUAUUGCUGCAGCAUCCAAUGAGGCAUUCAAGAAGGCCAGGAGCUUGGGAUUAGGGGACCUUGAUUUCUCAGCUGUCUUUGAAGCCGUAAAGUCUGCAAAAGACUCCGAUAGUGCUUGAAGAUUGGUUCCAGAAAAAAUAAAAAUAAAAAAGAUGCACGUUAAUGUCCUCACCAUGCCCUCAAAUGACUACAUUAGUUCGAGUCAACGAUUGCUUAGCGUUGGAUAUAUGUGAGUUCCUGACAAGCUGUGACAUAUUAUUAAUUCAGUGAAAAUUAUUUGGCUUUGCUGCG